AUGCCUCCACCGCCGCCGCCCUCCCGGCGGGAUGCCUCGACUGCGCCGAACAAGGAAGAGAACGCCUACAUCCCAAACUUCAUCUCCAAGCGACCGUUUUAUGCUGGUGAGGGAGAAGAGACCGACUACCUAGAGCAUCAGCGUCUGCAAAAGAAAGAGCAAGACUCGACAUGGUACGACCGAGGCAAGAAGGGCAAGGCCGCGACCAAGUUCCGCAAGGGCGCAUGCGAGAACUGCGGCGCCAUGGGCCACAAGGCCAAAGAGUGCCUGGAACGGCCAAGGAAAAAGGGCGCAAAGUUCACGGGGAAGAAUAUCCAAGCCGACGAUGUGGUGCAGGAGGUGCAACUGAGCUGGGAUGCGAAGCGCGACCGGUGGAACGGCUACGAGGCGAAGGACUACAAGCACAUCGUGGAGGAAUACGACCAGAUGGCGGAGCUCAAACGACAGAUGCGGAAGAAGCAGGCUGGGGAGGACGGGGAGGAGGAGGGCGAUGCCGGUGACAAGUACGCCGAGGACGUCGACAUGAGCAAGCACCAGCCUACCUCGACGAGGCAGCUGCGCAUACGGGAGGACACGGCCAAGUACCUGCUGAACCUCGACCUGGAGUCGGCAAAAUACGACCCCAAGACCAGGACGCUAGUGGACGCCGGAGCGACUGCCGACAAGGCUGCCGAGCUGUUCGCGGAGGAGGGCUUCGUGCGUGGGUCAGGCGACGCGGCCGAGUUUGAGCGUGCGACAAAGUACGCAUGGGAGGCUCAAGAGAAGAAGGGAGACACAAGCCAGCACUUGCAAGCGAAUCCGACGGCAGGAGAGUUCUUCCGUAAGAAAGAGAAGGAGGAGGCCGAGAGGAAGAAGCUGGAGAAGGAGAAGCAGCUCCAGGAUCUGUACGGUGACAGUACACAGUCGAUGCCAGCUGCGCUGAGAGACAUGACCGUCACGGAGAACGAGCACUUUGUUGAAUACGACGAGCACGGAUUGGUCAAGGGGGCCAAGGCGUCUGCAAAGUCAAAGUACCCGGAGGAUGUCUACAUAAGCAACCACACAUCGGUAUGGGGCAGCUGGUGGUCAAAUUUCCAGUGGGGCUACGAAUGCUGCCACUCUACUAUCAAGAACAGCUACUGCACGGGUGAAGACGGCAAGAAGGCCUGGGAGGCGUCGGAAAAGCAGAGAAGCGGCGCAAAUCUGCUCGAAGAAGCAGCUGAAGACAAUGCUGAGGACCAGGAGGCUGCUGCCGCCGAAUCGAGUCGGACAGAUGACGCGAAGAAUGAGAAGCAGAACCUUAAACGGACGAGGGAGGAGAUGGCGAGUGGCAUCACAGAGGAAGAGCUUGAAGAUUACCGGCGAAAGCGGACAGCGGCUGACGAUCCGAUGGCAAAGUUCCUGGGCAAGGAUGAACUCGUACAUUAG